GCCAUUUAUAACUCCUUGCCUUUGAUAUGCCUCAUUAGUUUGUUAACGCCAGACACAGACGCUGAGACUUACAGCAGGAAAAUAUAAAUAUUUUUCUUUGACUUGCAAUAUUGGUAUUUUUUCCCAUUAAUUUGAAAGCAGCACGUUUUCUACUCUUACAGUAUGUCUUUGACGACUCUGACAGAGGAGUGGAUUCGGAAAAAAUUGGGUUUAAGUCACCCACGCCUCGGAGAUGUUCGUACACUACGUCUGCCCGGGACAUACAGACAGAAAAUCAGACAUCUGGGAAAAGCACUGAGUAACUUUGAGGGUCUGAAAUCCUUGGAUCUCUCACAUAAUGCACUAUUCUCCAUUGAAGGUCUGAAACACCUGAAACGUUUGCAGAGCCUAAAUCUGUACUAUAACUGCAUACCUUCCCUGGAGGAGGUCAAAGUUCUCUUUGAGUUGCCAGUUUUAAGAGAACUUGAUUUGAGGCUAAAUCCUGUGGCCAGUGAGCCACGAUACCGGCCUAUUGUGGUGCAAGCAAUAACCAGCCUUCGUAUGUUGGAUGCUUGUGUCGUCACUCACACUGAGCGGAGGGCUGCCAGAAUGCAAUUGUCUCAUCAUCCUCAUCCUCGAAGAAAGAGGUCUUCUGUCAACCAGAAAAGUCGUGAUAAGGCACUGGCCUUUGUGGAGCGCCUCAGCCAGAGGCUCUCCGCCCUGACUGAAGAAGAUGACAUUGUGUUACAGUCACCUUCCCCACAGCCAGGUGAAGACCCUCGAAGUUUGUUGAUCGACAGCCAAGCUCCCGUUCCUCAUCACCCCAUUUUACAUCCUCCAAGACUGACCUCCUCCAUCUUCAACAAGACAGAUGAUGGUAGUUACAGGGAGCCCUUGGACAACCUUCUGGACUUCAUGGACAAACACUGGGUGGGAGAGAGAUCUCUGCAAAUUGACAGCAACUUCCUGAUUCAGAUUGUCCAGAUCUUCUCCAUGAUGGAAAACCAUAUCUGCAAACGGGACACUGAGGUCAAGGCUUUAAGAAACGAAGUCGACGCGCUGUGUUUUUGUGCGGCAGCUCAAGAAAGAGAACACAAAUCUGAAGUGUGCAAGUUGACCUCACAGCUGGGCGAGCUCAACAAAAAGCUGUGGUUUGUCAUGGACGACAACGCCGCCCUCCAAAAAGAGCUGGUGAAGGUAGAACAUGAAUAUCUCAAGUACCUGACUGAGCACCCGCCCGUUUUCCACAUUACAGACUCUCUGAGAGAGCUGGAGGACCUGAAGGAGGAGGUCGAAGAGCUGAGAAAAAAAGUAAACUCUUCAGGUCUGACUGGAAGUGAGCAGCAUUAAGGCGAUUCCCGCAGGGAUAACGCAUCACUUUUACCACGGCACGCUGUGUUUGACUUCGCGAGUCAAUUUUGUAGUUAUUUUUAUCUCAUUUUUUCCCCUCUACUGCGUUUGUAUUGAGCUCCUUCAGGCGCUGAGUUGUUUAUUAUUUGAACACAAUGUAGAUGGCAGCGUUUACUCGAUGUUGACAAGAACCGGGACGGGUAAUUUAUUAAAGAAGGUUUGUGUAUAAGUGUGUGACAGUGCUGUUAUUUUAAGAAUAAUUUUUUGAGGUAAAAAUAUGGGAUUAAUGGAUCCUGUCUCCUCUUAACCAAUGUGUUUUUUUGCUUUUGUAGGUCAGAGCAGAUGGGAGACUCAACUGAAGGCCACAGCCGAAUGAGUGCAUCAAGAUUACAGCUGCACUGUGACUUCAUUUAUACCUUUUGACCUCAGGCAUCAGGCACGUACACACACACACACACACACACA